UUUUUUGCUAACAACUUCAAUACAGCCAGAGAAAAGCAAUUCAAGUGAAUUUGAACUGAAAUCGGAAUUGGCAAAUUUUGUGCAAGAAGAAAAAGAUUUACACUUAGCGAUUCGUGAGGAACCAAGUGAAGUUUUGAAUUAAAGAAAAAACAGCCCCAUUCCAUUUGGAAAACGUGUCUCAGUGCCCUGAAAGUGUUAAUGCGGUAAAGUCGUGGCGUUUAGUGCGUUUGAAGAAGAAUUUAAUGAGCGUUUCGUGAAUGAGUGAAUGAAGUGAUUUGUUGGGAAAAUUGAAAGUGAUUGCAUUUUGUGUUCGAAAGAAACGUAUUCCAUUGUUGUGCAAGAAACUUAUAUAACGGUACAAAACAGUUAUACAUUUUUUUAUGCAAAGUGAAAAAAUAAGUGAACAUAAGCGAGAGAGAGAGAGAGAGAGAGAGGACUAAAAGACUGUAAACCAGCAACAAGUGAGUUAAAUAAGCCUGAAUAUACGAAAUCAAGCAACAACGAAAACCAUAUUUUAAAUAAAACGCGCCUAAGGAAUCCCAAGAAGUGCCAUUUAGAAUUGUAUGCGGACAUAUGAAAUAAAGCGCAGAUUUGAGACCAAAGAAAGCAUCCGCACAUACAAAUUGAGCGAAGGAAACGGAAAUGCUAAUUAGCUGAAAAUUCUUUUUUACAUUAAAGAGGAAGUAGCAGACAAUAAAACUGAGAGAAAGAGCAUUCGAUUAAUAUUUAUUUAUUUAUAACAAAUAACCGAACUCAAUUGGAAAAUUAGCAUUGAGUUACAGGCACUCGCACUCAAGUAUAAGAAAAGUGACAAAUACAUACACAUACAUACACACAUAUGUAUAUAGACGCACGCACUGCACCGAUGAAAAUUCAAUUCCUAGAAAUUGAUCGCUUAAGCCAAGUAGCAGUUUUUGCAGUAAUUGAAUUGCAAUAAAGUAAAACGAGACGGCGAGUAACUUUCGAACGGGUCGGACUUACCAUAAAAUUAGAAUUUAGUAUUUCAUACCUAUUCAACGAAAUUCAUACAAAUCACGAAUUUAUUAUAUCUUUGUAUGAAUCAACUACAAUCAAUUAGAGAGUAAAAAUGGCAGAUAAAUAUACAAAAACAACGACCUCUAGCAGCGUGUUAGAUGGAAAGAACGACAGAAAAAACGCCACACUAACGCCAGCGUCGUCCCAGUUGCCCAAUGGCGUCGCUGGUUGUGGCGUUAAUCCCAAAAAUGUGCAAAUCCUUACGAAGCUGGCCAAUAGUUUGAGUGAAAGCUACCAACUGGUCAAGCAACGUCAACAGAAAUACAAAGAAUUGAGCUCCAAAAUGGGUGGCAUCGAUGCGCCACAGCUCAUAAGCUAUACCCAAGACUGUGAUGAUCCUGGCGCUGGUGAGUGGCAGGAAGUCAAGAACAAACUGAAACGCAAGAAAAAGCUUUCUGCCUCGCUCACAUCCGUCAACGACUCGGUCAACCAGGAGAAGCGCACACGCAUCGAAGGCAUUCAGCUUAAUUGUCGCGGCAAAUUGCACAUCAGCGAACUGCCCAAGCUAGUGCCGCAAUCGGCCACACAAAGCUAUGUCAGUGUGGGCGUGGCACAACGCGCCGAGCGCUGGGGUGGCACCAAAUCGAAUACUUCACACAAUUCCGCCACCGCAGCGCCUAAUAAACAAAUGCAUGCGAACGUUGUAGUGCCAACAGCGGCGGGUGCAGUCACAGCCACAGGCGCCACUGCAGCAGCGCCACCACCGCGCCUCAAACGCAAACUGCAGGAAAAUGUGCAGACCAUACAAAAGCUGAAUGCGCUCACAGAACAGCUUAGGCUGGAAAUCAAUGAACUGAAGUCCAGCUUGACAACCGAAAGGGGCGCUGUGCGUGUAUUGCGCGCACAAAAUGAGUCGGAGACACGAAAAUGGAAAAAUGAAGUAAAGAGACUACAAAAUGCCGUGGAGCUUACGAAGAAGAACAACACAACGCCGCUGGUUGGUGCCAAGAAGCCGCCAACAGAAGUUAGCGCUGAGAACCUGCCAAAUGCGGCCACAGCUGGCAAUGUAACCAAUUACGAAGUACAAAGACUGACAAAUGAAGUUUUAGCGCUGAAGGAGGCGAAUAGAGCUUUAGAAGAGCGAAAAAUGAUCAAUUGCGAUGCUGAUAGACGUAAAGCAGCUGAUAUGCGCACAUUGAGAGAUACCUAUGAAAUCCGAUUGACUCAAUUAACUAAAUCUGCCAAAACUGAAAUUUCACGUCUGCUGGAGGAAAUAAAAACCAAAGAACGUAAUAUUGGGCAACUUAAAAAGGAAUUACAAACACUUCAAAUUCGGCCACAAGGCCAAGCCGAAGUGAAAAGCAGAAAUGCAACGACAAAUCAACAAACGACGAAUAAAACGACGAAACCAAAGAAGAAUAAUAAUAACAAUAAGUCAAAACCAAAUACAACAAACAAUAGGUCGAACGAAACAAAUGCUUCCACCUCCGUUUUGGCUAAAAAGACGGAGGAUAGCAGGACUACAACAGGUGGAGAGGCUCAACAUCCAAAUGAGGUAAGGGGAAAUUACUUAUAA